GGGGCUGAACGCUUCGUCCGGAUUCCUGAGCGCGAGCCGAAUUUCCUGUCCACUCGGUGUGUAGAGCCGCGCGUGAAGCGGAGCUUUUCUCUUUCCUCCAUAACCGGAGCUGCUCUCAAACAAACAAACAAAGAAAAAGAUGUUCCGAAGUCUUGCAGCUGUCGUUCUGCUGGCUGCAGUUUGCUGUCAUGCUCAGAGUGAAAGACGGACGGCAGAUAAAGACGACAAACUGGAACCUCAGAGCAAGUCGAAGGUGUGUGCUAAUGUGUUCUGCGGUGCAGGGAGAGAGUGUGCAGUAACAGAGAAAGGCGAGCCCACCUGCUUGUGUAUUGAGCAAUGUAAACCUCACAAGCGCUCUGUGUGUGGCAGUAACGGGAAAACAUACAGAAACCACUGCGAGCUUCACAGAGACGCCUGCCUUACCGGACUCAAGAUCCAGGUGGCACAUGACGGCCAUUGCAGAGAGAGGAAAACAGAGAAAGCUGCUGCCAGUCCAGUGGUCUGCUAUGUGGGUGACCGUAACGAACUGCGCAGGCGUGUGAUUGAGUGGCUGCAGACUGAAGUCGUGCCAGACGGCUGGUUCACCAAAGGCUCCAACUUCACUGACAUCUUGCUCAAGUACUUCAAGAACUACGAUAACGGUGACUCACAGCUGGACUCGGCCGAACUUCUGAGCUUCAUCCAGCACAACGAGUCAGCGGUGGAGCUGCACUCAUACGCAGAGGAGGAGAACAACCGCCUGCUCAGGAGUCUGUGUGUGGACGCAUUGAUCGAGCUCUCGGACCAGAAUGCUGACUGGAAGCUGAGCUUUGAUGAAUUCCUCAACUGCCUUCGUCCAGGAUUCAACCCUCCAGAGAAGAAGUGUGCUUUGGAGGAUGAGACGUAUGAAGACGGAGCAGAGACUCAGGUGGACUGUAACCUCUGCGUCUGUGCAUGUGGCAACUGGGUCUGCACUGCUAUGACCUGUGAUGAGAAAACCCCAGUUCUCGAGCCGGCUACUGGUGAUGAGGCGAUGACGGAGGAGGAGUGGAGUCUGCGUGUGGCCGAACUCAACAAACAUCAGGAGACUGUGGAGCAGAUGAAGUCCAGCACAAAGGAGGUUUAACGAAGCAGCGAGGAGGAAGAGGUCACAGUCAGGACUCCUGAGAUGACACACUAUUACUGGGAGAACCACAUCAUGUAUUGUUUUCUAUCUUUGACUAUGUUUAUCUAUCAUUGCUUUUCCGUGUAACGUCAUUAUAAUCGUUUUAGGUUGACGUGUACUUUAUGUCCGUGUUUGUGUGUCACUAAGUGCUGUCCAUUGUUUUUUAUAGCAUGAUGCUAAGCCUUGUCCAAGGCACCCCAGCACUAUUUUUGUAUUUUGACUUUUCUUUUUUUACUCUGUGUAUCAUUCCUUUUUUUUGUCUUUUUAGAUUUAGAUUUUGUUGCAUAUGUUUGAGACAAUGGCAGUAAAUGGAGAAGAAGAGUGAGGCAGGGAGACCGGCUGGACUGACUCAGCACACCACAUCAGUAAAAAAAAAAAAAAAUCAAGAUUAUAGUGUAUGCUGUUAUCGUUAUCAGUGUAUCAAGCCACGAGAUAACGUAAAGUGAGAAAGCAGAUUACGUCACAAGUGCAAUGUCAGCUAAGGUCUCCUUUCACACACUCUCUGUUUCCAUGCAGACAAGGCAGUCAUAGUCUUGAGACCUUUCAAAAAGGUGCUAAUAUGGAUUUCUUUCUUUCUUUUUAUUUUUGCAGCACAGCUUUCUUGAAUCAGCAUGCUCCUAGAGUACGUCUAGAUCAUUAGGUAGAAUUAGAAAACCCUAGAUUUGUCGACGUGUAGACCUGUAUAGGAGCUUCACUCCUCCGUAAGCUGUGAUUCUUCAGCUAUCUUGUGAAAAGUGAGUGAUUUAAUCUCCAAAAAUGACAGGAAGACUUUCACAGCAUGGAUGCUCUGCUUUGCUGCUGCUUGCUCCAGCAGAGUUGCUUUAUGUAGAAGUAGUUCAUGUUAAAGCUCUGUUGCUGUGCUCAUUUCUGUCCGAGGGAACAAGGACAAAAGUGUAAAAAAAUUACAAACAGAAUGAGAAUGAGUGUUAAUGUGCUGAUUGGUGCAGAAUGGAACGGAGUUGUUUUGAGCAGAGGCAGUGUAGCCCCCCCCAAAAAAAAAAAAAAAAAAAAAAAAAAAAAAAACCAAAGCCUGAUGUUUAGAAUGUUUAAAUGUUGUACAGUUCCUCCAGGUAAACCACUACUCUGGACCCAGCAACAACAUCAUACCUUUUAUUUCAUACAGCUGUCAGAUUGAAGAUUAGAUUAUUAGAUUCAUUGUCACCUCUUUAGCUUUGAUGCUUUCUUACUGCAUGUGUGUGUGUGUGUGUGUGUGUGUGUGUGUUGCUGCAGAGGUGUGUUUGUAUUUUCAUGUGUGUCUGAGUGAGUGAUGGAGAGCAUACGCGCUCGCUUUCUUUUCUUCUUUAUUCCAUUAAUAUCGCAUUUUUAUGAUACUGAGUGCCUUAAAUAUACAUCCGCAGAUAGAAUGGCCUUCUCUCGUGUCUAAUGACAGAUUGUAGGAGUCCAUGAAGAACUUUGCAGUGUUAUGGUAGUCAUGCAGAAGUUGUCCUGAGUGACGGACUGAGACAGAAUUCAACCAUUUCAGUGUAAAGACUAUCUUGUUAACUUUUAAUUGUAUUUGAAUUUACUUGUAUUAUGACUCUGUACUGUAUGUCAAUAAAAGAAAUACACACCACAGUUAA